AUGGGCUCGGUUCAAUCUCCCCUCCUGCUGCUACCAGUUACCAAAGAAGACAUCCCAACAUGCGUCGACAUCUGGUUCAAAGCCUUCUCAAAAGACAAGGACAUGAUGCAACUAUUCCCCGAUACACCGGGCAUGCGAGAAUGGACGGCGGGAUACAUUACCCUUGAUCUCGAGACCAAGCCAUACCAGUACUAUGUCAAGGUAGUGGAUCCCGAGAUCACGGACGAGCGAGGUCAAGCACAAAUACUCGCCUAUGCGAAGUGGGACACCGCCUCGAUAGAAGUGCGCGGUCGUCGAUUUCCACCUUGGGCGGAGGAAACCCCCGGGGACGAAGCUACGGGUGUGUUUGACUUUCUGAAUGGGAAUCGGAGUCGUGUUAUGGGAGAUUUGAAGCAUUAUUAUCUGGAUAUGCUCUGCACCCACCCUGAUUUCCAGAAGCGUGGGGCUGGCUCGAUGCUAGUCAAAUGGGGCUGCGAUUUGGCUGAUAAGGAUGGGGUGUCUGCAUACGUUGAUGCAAGCAAGACGGGUGCGCCGUUGUAUGAAAGAUUUGGCUUUGUUGAUCGCAGUUUACCUGAUCAGGGCAAUAUUGCUGCAAUGGGUCGUUUCAAGAAGGACCCCUGA